AUGGGACAGUAUUCCUCCACUCAACGAGAACAUCGCCACCAAUUCCCGACCGAAUCCCCUUUACCUCGACAGCGAAGCCACAGCCGUAACAGGGAUGAAGACAUGAAUAACGGUCAGAAUCCGGAGCGCGCCGGGGCUUUCAGUCCUCAGGCGGGACAGGAGAUAGACAACAACGAUGUGCAGAUGACUCAUUCCACCGAAACGAAUUUUCUAGUUGACCCGUUGCAAUCGUUAAUAUCGCACUCCAGCAUGUUGGGCAGUGAAGAGCAAAUGGGAAAUACUCAGGACGAAACCGGGUCACAAGACGACGCCAGCCAGCAGGACUAUCAAUCUGCGCUCUUCGCUCGUGUGGCUAGGAGACACUCAACGAUGUCGAGACUUGGAUCUCGGAUUCUGCCAAAUUCUGUUAUUCGAGGACUCUUAAACAGCGAAGAAGAGACUCCUGCGGAGGGUCACGCUCAUCGGCAUGGAGUUGUUUCAAGGACCAUACCCAGAUCGGAGGUUAAUCAAAGCAGCGCUCGGUUUAGCCCAUUCGCUUCUUUGAGCUCAAGAGGUGGGAGUAGAAGACGCUCGCUUCGCGGGCCCUACUUUAUUCCACGGAGUGAUGCAGCCAUAAACAAUAACGGCUUUUUGGGAACUCCUUCUGGUCCAUCGACCGAUGGUUCAGCUGAACCUGGCUGGGGUUGGCGGCGUAGUCUCCGCAUACGCCGUGUUGGUCGUGUUGGACACUCUUUACCGACUCCAAUUGCCCAAAUGUUCGGCCCGCCUUCCUCUGAUUCGACUCCCGCGCAGGACACCGAGAAUCCUCCUUACAGCUUUCACAACUCCGAUCCUUUCAGCUUUAUUCCUCACCCGGGGCCCCUUGAUACUCAGAUGGAUUUCGAUACACCGCACGAGCUUAAUUCUGUGGAGCCCGCACUAGCAGACUCUCAGCCCGCCUCUCCUAUGCUUACGUCCCAGAGCCAGUCCAGUACUCGGCAUUUCCCAAGUUUACUGCGAGCACGGCCACCAAGGGCUUUGCGUAGGGAAGAACAAACCCCGUUGUCCCGCAUUCUUCAACUAGCAGCUACUGCUAUUGCUACACAACUCUCGGGUGGAGCCGGUCCAGCUCUACCCAAUAUUCCAUCCUUGGGUAAUGACGGUUUUGACGGCUCCCUUGAGAGUUUUAUACAAAGUUUACGAAACGCAACGUCCGGACAGCCAUCUUCUGGAGAUUCAAAUAAUAACUCUGAAGACGAACGACCACCGGGCCCGGUAAACUUUAUGAGAGUCUUUCGGUUCGCUAAUUCUGACAAUUCUCGAUCAUCCGACGCACCCAAUCGCGCAAGCACAGACCAAAAUAAUGCCGUGAGCAAUGGUGACAACAUGGAAACUGAUCACCAUGCUGAGGGUCAGGAGGGGAGAACCGUUACCCUUGUUGUUAUUGGUGUAAGGUCUGUCCCAUCUGGAAAUGGCCCUGCUGGUGAUCAACAGACUGCGGGGCUUCCAGGUCUCGACUUCCUUCGGCUUCCCUUCUUCCCGCCAGGGACUCUUUCACCUCGCCCUGGACCACGACCGGAAACCACUACAUCUGAUCACUCGGCAUCAUCUAGUGCACCCCCCGCCAAUGUUGAUGGCUCAAUUCAGCCCGGCUCACCAAACGUCCCGCGAAGGCUGUCCGACGUUGGUAGCCGCGGCACGCUUUCAUCGCUACCUUCGGUGGUAUCGGAGAGCCCGCCGGGCCCUCACCCACCCCCGUCCACCCCGGCGGAACCAGGACUUUCGGCUGUUUCGUCAGGCGCAUCAACCCCCAGCCGAAGGCUAUCUACUACAUCCGCUGUGUCCCCUAAUAUUAUGCAUCAGCUCAACGAGAGCCGUCCUUCGCAUCCCACGGUGGAUAAUCGGGAUGAGAGCCUUCCACACAAUACGACUCAUCAGCGACGCCGAAGUGACUCGGAAUUUGCGCGCCAUCGUGAGCAGCUAGGCUCUGGGGCGGCCAGGCGUAAUGGGGUUGUAGAACCUGAUAAUCAUAACGCAGCACCAGGAAGAAGCUGGCUGAUUUACGUUGUCGGAACUAACCUUUCCGAGAAUCACCCUGCAUUUGCCGCGCCAAGUUUAUUCACUGAUAACCCAACAUACGAGGAUAUGGUAUUACUGUCAUCACUUCUUGGUCCUGUGAAGCCACCAGUCGCUACCCAGGAAGACCUGAUUUCUGCGGGAGGCCUGUACCGUGUGGUAAAGUGCGGUGACUCUAUGUCUGCAGCCGCUGUUGAUGGCACUCGUACUAUCCAAAUUUCCGAAGGCGAGCGCUGUUUGAUCUGCCUCAGCGAGUACGAAGUGGCUGAGGAGCUUCGACAGUUGACAAAAUGCGAGCAUCUUUAUCACCGUGACUGUAUUGACCAGUGGUUAACUACGGGCCGCAAUUCUUGUCCGCUGUGUCGGGGCCAGGGUGUCGCCGACAAAUCCGGCGCUGAACCGCCACGACCAUCAGAUGCGCCACGCGCAGCAGCCGCUUAAUAUUUUGUAUCACGGCUGUUAUUAUUUAUACGAUUCCCAACUCUCUAUUACUGUUAGAAGUAUUUAGCAUGGCGCUUUCCCCAGCAGCUUCACCAUCUCUUCGCAUCUUUCGCUCUUCGCUUCAGAUAUCCAUUGCUGCAUCGCGACAUUUUGGUUUUGGUUGUGGGGUCAGUAUGCAGUUCAAGUCAGAUCAUUGUUUCAUGGCCGGGUUUCAAGUCAUGGUGGUAUCACUUGAUGUGCAUGAACAUGAUUGGACUCAGCGAGAUUUUCGCAUGGGAUAUACACUAACUUUCUGUAUACUGUCAUGAGGUUCGGAGAAUGUGUUUUUCGCAUGAGCUGUAUUAUUCCCCUAGUAGCAUAGAGCGCUCUGUUCAUGUCAAUAGGCAGCCGGAAGAUCAUGAAAUUCAUUACUUAUAGAAUUAAGGUUGACUAUCUGCC